AAAACACAGAUGCAAAUACUGUUCUACAGCCCUUUGAAGCGAUUGAUUUUUUCCUUGGUUGCCCCCGUCUCAGUUCAUGCCCUCGCGAACGGCUUGGACUGCCAAGUUGAGGUGACGACGGAGCUUAAGUAGAAGUAUCGGGUUUGGAUGGCGGACUCAACGGUAGCGGAGGAAGUGAAUCAAUAGGAGAGGCAGUGGAAGAUGAGGAUAAUGGGGAAGAGGAAGAUGCUAAAGAGCUAGAGGAAAGAUAGAAGGAGAUUCCCAAAGACAUGACUAUGAGGAAGAGGUGGUGGAAGUGUUGAAGGAGGAGGACAACGCGAUUUAAAAUGGAUCAAGUAAAGAUGAGGUUGUUAGCUCUUUCCACUUGUAAUCUAAAUCAAUGGGCCAUGGAUUUUGAUAAUAACCUUCGGAACAUUAAGGCAUCAAUUUCUAGUGCUAAAGAAGCAGGGGCUACAAUUAGAAUCGGACCAGAGCUCGAGAUAACUGGAUAUGGAUGUGAAGAUCAUUUUUUGGAGCAAGAUACUGUAACCCAUGCAUGGGAAUGCUUGAAGGAUCUAUUAUCUGGUGAUUGGACUGACAACAUAUUAUGUAGUAUUGGGAUGCCCAUUAUACAUGAAAGUGUGCGAUAUAAUUGUCAGAUAUUUUGCUUGGACCGGAAAAUUAUCAUGAUACGUCCAAAGGUUUGUCUUGCAAAUGAUGGAAAUUACCGAGAAUUACGCUGGUUCUCGGCUUGGAAAUUUAAAGACCGGCUUGUCGAUUUUCAACUCCCAAGUGAUAUUUCUGAAGCUAUUUCACAGAUUUCAGCACCUUUUGGAUUUGGUUAUAUUCAAUUUCAUGACACAGCUGUUGCUGCUGAAACCUGUGAAGAGCUUUUUGUUGCUGGUGCACCACAUGUUGGACUUUCAUAUAAUGGUGUUGAGGUCUUUAUGAAUGCAAGCGGAAGUCACCACCAGCUACGAAAACUCAAUAUUAGGAUUGAUGCGAUUAAAAGUGCGACUUCGCUCUGUGGAGGUGUCUACAUGUAUAGCAAUCACCAGGGUUGUGAUGGCGGUCGUCUUUAUUAUGAUGGAUGCUGUUUCGUUGCUGUGAAUGGGGAUGUUGUUGCUCAAGGAUCUCAAUUUUCCUUGAAGGAAAUUGAAGUUCUGACUGCCGUUGCGGAUCUUGAUGCUGUCUCGAGUUACCGUGCAUCCGUUAGUAGUUUCAGAGAGUGUGCAAGUCAUGAAUCGAAGGUUCCAGUAGUGAAAGUACCUCGUAAACUUUGCCAGUCAUUUCAACUUUGUACUUUUCCAACUCUUCCUGUGAAGAUUAAGUAUCACCGUCCUGAGGAGGAAAUAGCAUUUGGGCCUAGUUGCUGGCUAUGGGAUUAUCUAAGAAGAAGUGGAGCUUCUGGAUUCUUACUUCCGCUUUCUGGAGGAGCUGAUAGUUCUGCUGUUGCAGCUAUUGUAGGUUGCAUGUGCCAGCUUGUGAUCAAAGAUAUAGAGAAUGGUGAUGAACAAGUCAAAGCUGAUGCAUUAAGGGUUGGCAAUUACAAAAAUGGAGAGUUUCCAAGCAGCAGUAAGGAAUUUGCAAAGAGAAUAUUCUACACUGUCUAUAUGGGAACUGAAAAUAGCUCUGAUGCUACAAGAGCUAGAGCGAAGAAAUUAGCGGAAGAGAUAGGUUCCUGGCACCUUGAUGUGAAUUUAGACGCCGUUAUUUCUGCUCUCCUCUCGCUGUUCCAAACACUAACUGGGAGAAGACCGCGUUACAAGGUUGAUGGUGGAUCAAAUGCUGAAAAUUUAGCGUUGCAGAAUAUUCAAGCUCGAAUUAGGAUGGUGCUAGCAUUUAUGAUGGCCUCUCUAAUGCCAUGGGUUAAUAAUAAAUCUGGAUUCUAUCUCGUAUUGGGCAGCUCGAAUGUGGAUGAAGCAUUACGUGGUUAUCUAACAAAGUAUGACUGCAGUUCGGCUGAUAUAAAUCCAAUUGGAAGUAUAAGCAAGAAGGACCUUAGAUCUUUCUUGAGGUGGGCAACUGUUCAACUCAAUUAUCCUUCUUUGGCAGAAAUUGAAGCAGCACCACCUACUGCUGAAUUAGAACCAAUACGCUCCAAUUAUAGUCAGUUGGAUGAAGUGGACAUGGGCAUGACAUAUGAGGAAUUGUCGGUUUAUGGAAGGCUGCGAAAAAUAUUUCGCUGUGGUCCUGUGUCGAUGUUUCAGAAUCUCUGCCAUAAAUGGUAUGGAAAGUUUACUCCAUCAGAAGUGGCCGAAAAAGUGAAAUAUUUCUUCAAAUAUUACUCCAUCAAUCGGCACAAGAUGACUGUUUUGACACCUUCCUACCAUGCUGAAAGCUACUCUCCUGAAGACAACAGAUUCGAUCUCCGUCAGUUCCUUUAUAAUUCAAGAUGGCCUUAUCAGUUUCGAAAGAUCGACGAGCUCGUGCGACGGAUUAAUGGUGGUGAAUCAGCAGUGCCAUCUGUUGUUCGAAGAGACGAAGCUGAAACUGCUUCACUGCAGGGAGGUGGACUGGGUGUUAUAGCUGCCGGCUCCAGCAACCCUUCAGUAGGUCUGUGAGAGAUGGAUGGGUUAUUAUUCUUUUUGCCUGAUUUGAUCAACUUAUCAGGUAUGUCCAAUAAAUGACAAAUUUUACAAAUUGUAAAUAAUUUUUAUUUAAUCUAAUGAAUGUAGUUUAUUAUAUUUAACAUCUUAAUUGAGUAAAAUAGUUAUUUUGGAUAUUUAGAAUAAAGCAGUAACAGAGAAA